UACAAUCCCGUCGAGAUGCAACCUCCAUUCGCGAUCACACAACACGUGAAGCGCGCCACUAAGCACAAGGCCUACAGUAUGUUACAAGGCGUCACCCGGAAGCCGGCGUACCCCUCAUGUACCCCAACCUUCUCUUUGGUGAUUCGCACCUUCCAUUUUGAAGAAAUUGCCAUGAUAAAGGGGUAAGAAUGGCUGUUCCCAUCGCGACCUUGCCCUAUUCCCGCAAUGUGGCGAGCUAUAGGCCGAAAUACUCGAUACAAUAUGUUAUCGUCGAAGGACCCGACAGAAAAUGAGAUCAUCUCGCCCAUCUCGCCAGGCGAACCAUCAGUUUACCACGCCCAUGACCAUGGCUACUCUGACGAUGAACCACUACCAACACAUCCAUCGUUCAAAUCCAAGCUUCACAAGCUCAUCCCCAGUCGAGACACGUACUGGGGUUCCCUAACCUACAACCUCCUCGCCUUCCUCCUCCCCGCCCUCUACCAAACCCUCUCCAAGCUGUGGAUCGCCCAGAUCGACUCCUCCUCCGUCGUCCUCACCGACAUCUACACCUACAUCUCCACCAUCGCCGAAGUGCUCAACGAAGGCCUUCCCCGCAUCGCGUGGCUCAUCAUCGGCAACUCGGCCGCGUACUCCCUCACCACCCGCUUAUCGCUCUCCUACACUUUGAUCGUUUUCCAGACCGCCAUGGGCCUGCUCAUGACGGUCAUCUUCAUCGGCGCCGCCGAGUCCUUCGCGGCGGGAUUUGUCCCGCCCGAAGUCAGGCAGAAGAGUCUGAGCUAUGUCCGCGUAUCGGCGGCGGUGGCGCUGACGAGCGCCGUGCAGACGGCGGUGGCAAGCUGUACGAGGGCGAUGGAUUGGCCGGAUGUACCGCUGGUGGUGAGCUCGGUUGGGUUUGCGGUGAAUAUCGUGUUGGAUAUGUUGUUUCUUUCGUGGUUCCAUGUCGGCUGGACCACCGGGUACAAGCCGACGGUGUUGGCGCAGGCGGGAAUUAGGUUGGCGUGUGAUGUGGCGGCUGCUGGAGUGGGGUUGGGGUAUUUUGUUUGGGUGGCGAGGAGAAAGGUGAGGGAGGAGGAGAGAAGCCAGAGACAGAGGGGAGAUGAGCGUGAGAAUGGUAUAGUUGUUUGGUGGUGGACGGCGGGGUUUUGGAUGAUGGCUAGAGAGGCAGUUUACACGUUUGCGGAAUCAGCGGUGAGGAAUGCGAUUUACUUGUGGCUGGUGAAUAGGAUCAUUGGCCUGGGAGCGGAUUAUGCAACGGCUUGGGGCGUGUUUAAUACGAUCCGGUGGGGGCUGGUGAUGGUUCCGGUCCAAGCCUUGGAGACGUCGGCCUUGACGUUCGUUGGACAUCAGUGGGGUGUAUGGAAGAAGAAUAAGGAGGGGAUCUCCAAGCCUGCUGCGAGUUGGGUGGAAAUCAAGAGAAUCAGUCGUCCGGCUGUCAACUCGGCUCUGGUCUCUCUGGCAGUUGAGAUCCCAAUCUGCAUCUUCCUUUCCUUGUGGGGGAUGAAGGAGUUUGCUUUCUACAUCUCUAACUCUGAACGUGUCGCAGACAUUACCAAGAAGAUGUGGCAGAACAUCGACUGGUGCUAUAUCUUCUACGCACUCAACUAUCAGCUAUCCUCUAUCCUUCUAGCCACUGUUCCUCGGUGGUUUCUCUACCAGUCAUUGUGGUCGAACUUGCUCUGGUCAUUACCAUGGGCCAUAGUUGUCACGGUGAUGAAGUUCAAGAAAGAAGAAGCCUGGACAUUCUACUCUGUUAUAUUUGGCGGAGCAAACGUUUUUUCUUUCAUCGUUGUGGUUCUUGUGCUGGGAGCUUGGGUGUGGAGACUUCACAAUGGGAUGAUUAGAGUAUAAUCACGGGCACAUCAGACGCUCGUGAAAAUAUGACACCAUCGCUAGCAUGAAGGCGUGCGUGUGAACUGUGGUGCGUCUUCACCUGAUCCAAGUGUAAAAGCUGGUUAUCCUAGAUUGCAUAAUG